UAUUGUCCCGCUGAAAGUCUGGCAUCUUUCCCUCCAGCCAUGCGACCUUCUCGAGAGCGGGCGGUAUCAGCGAAGGCCAAGGAGAAGCAGGAGCAUACACAGGCCUUCACAAGCUUCCCGGAUUUUUCCAAGUUGAACGAUGGGUGUCACAAUGGAGUCAAAGAGGAUACCUUUUGCACGGUGCGUCCAAGCAGCAGGAGUGGAGAGGCCGCAGGCAGCGAGAAGCGCUGGGGGGUGGUCGACAAUGUUUCGAUCAAGGAUUUGCUAUGGGUGUGCGACCAAACCUUCGCCAAGACUGGUCGCCAGAUUUGCGCUGAAGCCCUCGAGAGCGUCCAGAAAGAGUCGGAGAUGGCCAGGGCCAAAAUGAGGAAUGAUGUUGUUCAGCCCAUCACCGCUUUGACCAACGCCCUUGAUCGACUUCCAUCUAGGCUGGAUGGGCCGAUCAAGCGCAUCUUUGAAUCUGAAGUGAUGCCAUCCUUAGCGUCCUUUGGCGAACGAGUUGGCCGAAUGGACGAAGAAUUGAAGGCCAGCUUUGAUGAAGUGAAGAAGCAAAGUUCUCAGAUACAAGAACUUCAGAGGCAUUCGACGAAAACCUGUGAUCAACUGCUCAAGAACUAUGCGGAGAAUACUCAGGAUCAACUGGCUCAACUUCAGCUGGUUCAUGCGCAGGUCUUGGAUGGCAAGAAGAGCACUGCGGGCGAUAUACAUCAGCUUUUGCAGGCGAACCACGACCUGCAUGGAGUCAUCGAGCAGAAGGUGGACGCCCUGCUCUGGAAGCAUACGAAAGAGCACGCCGUCACAGUGGAUUUCGGUUCCAUGCCGAAAGUCAGAGAUGAGGAUGACCUUGCAGCUAUCUCUGAAGUUACCGAGCUGCUGAACAAGGUGGACUCCACCUUGACGGAGUUUGAUGUAAAGAUGCAGGCUUGGCUGGUGGAGAGCAUGCAGGCUUCUGUUGGAGACCGCUCCGAAGUGCGACGAGAGAUUGUUGAGAGUCAAAAUGCCUCGGUGCAAUGUGACUCGGUCGAGGUAGCGGAUGCCUCAGUACAAGCCGCGUCAGAAAAGGAGCCCACAAGGAAGAAGCGACGGCGGCCAACGCGGCCAACUGCACGCACAUCACGCGUGUCGAUGGUUGAGGUCAAAGACAACAGAGUCGCCAAGCGAGGUGUGCCCGUCUUUGCAGAUGAGAGGGAGAUGAAGCGGAAUGUGCGGAACGCCAUGAUGAAGACCAGGUACAAUGUGCAUGACUUGUAUAGUACUACUGGGUGCGCCCAGAAGAUCGCCCGGCAUCCAUACUUUGAGAAUGCCGUCUUAGCUGUGAUCUUUCUGAACGCAAUCUGGAUGUCAGUGGACACCGACAACAACCCAGCGGCAGUACUUGUUGAUGCGCCCCCCAUCUUCAUCGUGAUGGAGAACUUGUUCUGCUUGUUUUUCACGACUGAGCUCUUGAUCCGUUUUGUUGCUUUUGACAGGAAGCGCGACUGCUGCAGAGAUUUUUGGUUUGUUUUUGAUUGCGUGAUCAACAUCUACAUGAUUGGUGAAACGUGGAUCCUGUCGCUGAUACUUCUACUCAGUGACAUGACCACAACUGAGGCGUUGUUUGAUGCCUCAGCUCUUCGCAUCAUUCGAAUGGUGAAGAUUCUACGUUUGUCGCGUAUGGCGAAACUGUUGAGAGCAAUCCCGGAGCUGAGCAUAGUGAUCAAAGCAAUCGGAGCAGCAGGACGUUCCAUGUUGGUGAUUGCAGUGUUUUGCUUGAUGGUGGUUUAUGUCUUUGCUUUGACCUUAAAGCAGAUCACGCUGAUUGUGAAUACUGAUCCCACCGACCCCAGCAUCGCUGCUGAUUUCAACUCUGUGCUCUCGGCUAUGAACGCACUUCUGCUGAGGAGCUUGUUUUCAGACAGCGCCGACCUGGUGAACGGCCUAUCUAACUGGCAUCCUGUGUUCUGGCCUUGUAUCAUGCUCUUUGUGCUGAUGACCUCCGUCACCAUGAUGUACAUGCUCAUGGGUGUCAUGGUCAACGUCAUCGACAUCGUGGCGGCCUCGGAGCGCGAGGGCCUGGCAGUCUCCACGGUGGCCUCAUCCCUCCGGCAGGUCAUGAAGAAGCUGGGCAUUUCUACUGAUGGUCCGGUCUCCAAGGAAGCUGUGAACGACCUUCUGAAUGAGGCCGACGUGGUCCACUUCUUGUACAGCAUGGAUGUUGACGUGCUCUCCUUGGUGGAGAUGAUCGAUCAAGUCUUUGAAGAUGUUUUGGAGCGAGAGGGACGGCCACUGGAGUUUGGAGACCUGGUGGAGACGAUCAUGAACAUGCGAGGGAGCAACCCUGCCACUGUUCAAGACCUCAAAGCCUCCAUCCGAGCCUUGAAGAUGGGCUGGAAAGCAGAGAUGAACGCCCUCCGUGCAAGUCUUCAUGGGCAGCUUCAUUCGAUCACUAUGCAACUUUAUGAUGACAACAAUGAAAAGAACAGUUCGGAAGAAUAUGAAUGAGCUCAUGUGGGGGGCUUUUGGAAUGAUCGACGCUCCUGAGUCCUGAGCAUCCCGGCAAUCGGCACCAAGACUUUGAGGCGAUGAAAUACUCGUUGCCUCAGAAGACUCGUCCGAUGGAUUGGAAUACAUCACAUCUGGCUGCCUCGAAGGGGCCUUCAGCCGGACAUGUGUUUCCUGCAGCUGAAGAAAGCCUUCAGGAAUUGUUUCUCUCCGUCCUCUUUCUCACCACAUGACGAUUAUGUGAAGCGGGCUGUCACAGGGUUGUCUUUGGAGGGUUCUCUGAAGGCCUGUUUGCUUUACCAGGGUG